AAUUUGAAAACAAAAAAUGAAAACCGAGAAAAUUGGCAUUGUGGGAAGUGGCCUCAUUGGUCGUGCCUGGUCCAUGCUAUUCACCUCGGUGGGCUAUCAGGUGACCCUGUAUGACAUUCUACCCGACCAGUUAUCCUCUGCCCUGGAGUACAUUGACAUUGAAUUGCAUCGCCUGGAACAGCAGGGCUUGUUGAGAGGCCAUCUGAGUGCGGAGCAACAAUUCAAAUGCCUGAAAACCACAACCGACAUAAAAGAGUUGACAAGGCAAGCAAUUUUCAUCCAGGAAUGCAUACCCGAACGCAUCGAAUGGAAAAAGGCAUUGUAUCGGCAGCUGGAUGACAUACUCGAGGAACAAACAAUUGUUUCCAGUUCGACGAGUACUUUUAUGCCAUCCUUGUUUACCGAAGGACUCAAACAUUGUCACAAUAUGUUGGUAUCCCACCCCUUAAAUCCACCCUAUUAUAUACCACUUGUGGAGAUAGUUCCCGCCCCCUGGACCUCUCCCCAAGCCGUCGAAAUCACCAAACACUUAAUGUUGGAAAUAAAACAAAAACCUGUCACGCUGAAUCGUGAGGUCCUCGGCUUUGCCACAAACCGCAUACAAUAUGCCAUACUAAAUGAAAUCUGGCAUUUAGUGGACAAAGAUAUUUUAACCGUUCGCGAUAUCGAUACAGUGAUGAAUGAAGGUUUGGGUUUACGUUAUGCCUUUUUGGGUCCCAUGGAAACGGCCCAUCUAAAUGCUGAGGGGAUUGCCGAUUAUAUCCAGCGUUUUGGUGGUGAAAUUCAUAAGGUAUCACAGACAUAUGAUCCCAUACCGAAAAUGGAACCAGGACCCACUUUGGAGAAAAUUGCUGAACAAUGUGAAGAGAUGGUACCAAGGGAGAAGUUGGCGGAACGCCGCAAGGAACGUGAUGAAUUUUUAACGAAGUUAAGUGCUCUGAAGAAGGAAUUUGAAAAAUAA